CUUGUACCAUGUGACCUCUGUGAUCAUUCACAGAUUUCACACGUAGUAAGCAAUGAUAUCAGAAGUGACAUCUUGCUUACUACUUUGCAUGUGAUCACUGAUUUGCCAAUCAGUGAUCACAUGAUCGGGACCUCGUACAGAGGUCCUGUCCGACGAUCGGUGUUUCACUGUGUCUGGAGGACACAGCGGGCACCGGAUCGCGGUGCUGCGCACUCCCAGGGAGCGCGCACAAGCAGGCCGCCUCGUAGCAGUACAUCUGCUAUGGGGUGGUGGGCAAGUGGUUAAU